AUGCCCAUUAAGGCAGGGAUCCAAUUCAUCUACGUUGACCCGUUCCACUUCCGGCAAUACAACUCAGAUUACUAUGAAGGCAUUACAGUGAGACGAGGCGAGGACAAGGUUUACAUUACUAACUUACAUCUCAUUGAAAUUGUUGGCGCGUCGGUUGAGUCCACAAAUUUGUAUUCACCGGGCAUGCUUUCGUCUGAUGACUCCGAUGCUGAGGACUGGUAUGAAUGUCUUUUCUUUGACGCAUCGUCUAACUCCGUUACCAAAGGCUUAUCAAUGCCAGAUAGAGCGAGCUUUGAGGCCGUUCCCAGCCAACGAGUACGACUUCUGUCUUCUAACUGGAACGCCCCAGAACCCGUUUUGCGGGUGGGCGGACGCACUGUCUUCACGCGGGGUCGGCCACCGUGGUACACGCGUGAGGGGCAGAUCGAUGAAUGUUUUGUCGUUGGCAUUUGCGGUGGCUCCGGUAGUGGUAAAACCACUGUGGCUCAGAGAAUCAUCGAAAGGCUUAACGUUUCUUGGGUCAGCAUACUCAGUAUGGAUUCCUAUUACAAGGUGCUCUCAGCGGAGGAGAAGCAAUUGGCGAAGGAGGGUCGCUACGACUUUGACCAUCCCUCUGCAAUCGACAUCAAGCUUCUCACCAACCAUCUGUCUCGUUUAAAGGAGGGCAAGAGCAUUCAGGUUCCGGAGUACGACUUUUCUACGCAUUCUCGUGUUGCCAAAACGCGAACCCUAUACGGUGCCAAUGUGGUUAUCUUUGAGGGUAUCAUGGCUUUCUGCUUUCCUGAACUAACUAAGUUGAUGGAUCUCAAAAUCUUCGUUGAUACGGAUUCAGACGAGCGUCUAUCUCGACGACUACUUCGUGAUCUGUGCUGUCGUGGGCGGCAAAUCCCCGACAUUCUCCACCAGUACGACACCACUGUGAAACCGGCAUAUGACACUUACAUCGCACCUACCAUGUCCAUGGCUGAUAUCAUCAUACCCGGAGGUGGUGAGAACGCCGUGGCAAUCGAUUUAAUCGUUCGGGUCGUAGAGAAGCACUUGAAAGAGCAUUCGCAUCGCCUUCGGUCGGAGCAGGCAAGCGGUCUGCGCCAGUCCUUCAGUCAACUCCGCCUCAAUGGGUCCACGGCAGCGGCUGAAGCAGCGUCCGGGCAAAAGGGAUUAAACGGGACUGGCAGUGAGAAGUCCGUCUCGUCGCCGGACACACCGACAAAGGGAGCGGCUUUUCCUUGGGGCGAUGGCACCAUCAAUGGCCUCCUUGAGGCGCCUCUCGAUCCCGCUAUCAUCCCUCCCCGAGUCAACGUACUGCCACUCACUCCCGAGGCACGGUGUCUGCAUACCCUGCUGCGUGAUCGAAAUACCAAUCAGGACGCCUUUAUCUUCUAUGCGGAGAGGCUCAUGCGACCUAUUUGUGAAUUUGCUUGCCGGCUUCUACCCUAUGAGGACGUUGUGGUCGACACGCCCCAGGGCAUCCCUUACCACGGCCGUCGAUUGGCACCCAACACCCAGAUCUGCGGCGUAUCGAUUCUGCGCGCUGGGGAGGCCUUUGAACCCUCCCUCACGGCGGUGUGCAAAGACGUGCGAUUGGGUAAAAUCCUCAUCCAAACCAACCCCGAGACCCUUGAACCGGAGCUGCAUUACCUGCGUCUACCGAGCGACAUUAAGGAUAGUUCCACAAAGCUAAUAUGCGAAAUCUUUUUCCCCUACUUUACCAGUCUGUCCGGGUUCUAUUCAGUCAAUGGUGACGUGGGAGACAUAUCAUUUCUUCAGUACUUCACUCCUUUCAACUUAGAUAUGGAUUGCUACGUGAUGCUGAUGGACACGACGGUGGCGUCAGGCGCUGCAGCCAUUAUGGCGAUGCGAGUUCUGGUGGAUCACGAUGUGCCCGAGGAUCACAUCAUUCUCAUCUCCCUCAUUAUGGCCAUUCAAGGUGUCCAUUCUGUCGCCUACACAUAUCCCAAUGCACACAUUGUGACCUCUGCUAUCGAUCCCGGCCUGACCGACGACUAUCACAUCCUGCCCGGGAUUGGAAACUUUGGGGAUCGCUACUUCGGCACUUCUGCUAUGAAUUAA